CUACAUCUAUUGUCUACAGAUGCAGGCAGAAAGGGACCCAGAAACCUUACGCCGUCAAAAUGUUGAAGAAGACAGUAGACAAGAAAAUUGUCCGCACAGAAAUAGGAGUGCUGCUUCGCCUUUCACAUCCAAACAUUAUAAAACUGAAGGAGAUAUUUGAGACCCCUACAGAAAUCAGUCUUGUUCUGGAACUGGUCACAGGUGGCGAGCUGUUUGACAGGAUUGUGGAAAAGGGUUAUUACAGUGAACGAGAUGCUGCUGAUGCUGUUAAACAAAUCCUGGAGGCAGUUGCUUAUCUGCAUGCAAAUGGGAUUGUGCAUCGUGACUUGAAGCCAGAGAAUCUGCUCUAUGCAACACCAGCACCGGAUGCACCAUUAAAAAUUGCUGAUUUUGGACUUUCCAAGAUUGUGGAAGAUCAGGUUACCAUGAAAACGGUUUGUGGAACUCCAGGAUACUGUGCACCAGAAAUCCUGCGUGGAUGUGCCUAUGGCCCCGAGGUGGACAUGUGGUCUUUGGGGAUUAUCACCUACAUCCUACUUUGUGGCUUUGAACCAUUCUAUGAUGAAAGGGGAGAUCAGUAUAUGUUUAAGAGGAUCCUGAACUGUGAAUAUGACUUUGUUUCCCCCUGGUGGGAUGAUGUGUCUCUGAAUGCCAAGGAUUUAGUUAAGAAGUUGAUUGUUUUGGACCCCAAGAAACGCCUCACCACUCUGCAGGCCUUGCAGCACCCAUGGGUCACAGGGAAGGCAGCGAAUUUUGCACAUAUGGACAAUGCACAGAAGAAACUCCAAGAAUUCAAUGCUCGGCGUAAACUUAAGGCUGCAGUAAAAGCUGUGGUGGCCUCGACUCGCCUUGGCAGUGCAAGUGGCCAUGGUGUCCACGAGAGCAACAAGCCCAGCCGCAACCCAUCUCCUGUCCACGACGGCCAGGCUGAAGAGAAACCCACUCAGGAAGCAGAAGCCGCUCCCGAAGAAAUGUCUUAAGUCAUUUGCUUCCUUGUUUCAGCUGAGAUCUAUCAUUUCAUACACCAGCUAAUUUGUCAUUCAGCAAGAGAGAUUCAUAAGCUUGGCCGCUGUGGUUCUGCUUUGGGGUACUGAAUGCCCUGGCUGGUGACUCUACCUUCAAUGCAUGUGACUGCUUAUGAAAAUAGUAAACUGUUCCAUAAGGCAUGUCAUGGAAACAGUGUUAUUUGCAGUAAUACCAACAGGUGAAAAUAGGAGAAUGAAUAACUACCUACCAUAAUGCAUAUAUUUCAUAAACAUCUAUACAGUGUUUCUAGGUGGCAUUUGAAACAAAGCCUAUUUAAUUUGGUUUUACGGAAGUAGAUGUCUUCUGUAUGUCAUGACAUCUCUUUGAACUGCUUCCUUCCAGAAUCGUAGUCCUGCAGUAGAUGAAAUGGAAGGAAACACCAAGCCAGUGCUUUUAAAACUGAUGUAUUAAAAAAAAAAUGCUUUUUAUCUGUAAUAUUUAAAAAUUGUUUGGAGAUUUAUAUGCAAAAAACAUUCCACUACUUCUGGGAAGAAAUUGAAAUGUUAGUUCCACUGAGCAUGAAACUGUACAUUCCUCAAGCUUGUGUUGAGAAUGCCUUACUUGGACUUUACCAGUUUAUAUACAGUAUUUUAACAACAACCAAAAUUAUUCAGAUUUCUGCCAUUUCAUUCUCUAGUAAAAUGUUAGCAAAUAAAAAAUAUAGAGUAGAAGAGGAUUAGAGUAGAUGCAAAUUUUUGAAAUUCCAUUGUAUUUAUUCAUGACUUUCUAAACUGUGCAGCUAGAACAUGUUUUUAUGGAGCCUAGGGGAAUAAUCUGCAAUUACACAGGUUUUAAAUGCUUGAAGGAAGCUACUCCACAGCCUAAUGAUUUUGCUCUGGGGAAACACUCUUAUAAAAGAUCUGGGAGCCAGUAGUAUAAUCUCAUUGCUCCCCAGGUAAUUUAAUCUCAUGAAUAACCAGUUUCCACUUAUCACCAUAAUUAGUCCAGAUUUUCCUAACAAAGGACAGAUCCUGUAAAAUGAUCCACGAACCCAGGUCUUACAUCCACCUAGAGCUGCUCUGAUUUCAGUUACAAGCUGUGUGCAUGGAUCAGUUUACAAAAUUAGGGUCAGGCUCUUGAGCCAUCAUGAUUAUUUGUCGAACAUAAUGGAUAGGAAUUGGAAAAUUACCUGCGUCAGUAUAUAUGACCAUUUACAUUGUUUGUUAUUACUUUGAUAGCACGUGAAUUUCAUAAUGUAUUAGUAUGUUUCAGAAAGUAAGAACCUGAUGUACAACAAUGUCAUUUGUGUUUGUUAAACUUUUUAAUACUAAUAGUUACCUAAACCCGUAAUACACUCAACAUUCCUCUUUUAAUGGUUUUCAUUUGCAAUUAUUUGGCCUUGCACAACUUGCCUUGCCAAAAUAUAUCAGCUACUGAAAAAAGCCAGUCACUAAUAAAAUAUUCAGUAGCUAUACUUCCUGUUGAAAUUAAGUAAAAGGUAAUAGAAUAGUAUUCACAUGUCAGGUUUGCUAAAUAGUACAAAAAAAUUUAAGAUACUGCCUUCACUAGGUGAGAAUGCAUGUUUACGAAUGUAUUGUCCAUUAUAUUUAUAUCCAUUUCUUACAACUCUUUGAAUAUGUGAAAGAAAUUAAUGACUAAGGACAGUUGAAAUUGAGAGUAUGUGUAUACAUCCUUUUCCCAGGUGAUGUGCUUUCAGGUAAUAUAAUGAUUUAAACUGAAAGGUCUUGUCAGCUCUGUAAUGACUGCAACAGUAGCAAGAUUUUGUCUUAAUUUUAGAGUUCAGGCUAGGAACAGGCUGUUACAAAACUACUGCAGGUUUUCCAUUGGGAAAAAAAGUAUUAUCAGAGUAAUCACAGGGGAAAAGGUGAUAGGUAUACCCACACAAAUAGUAAUAUAUACCCAUCAGAUUCUUGAAAUUGUUCUGUGCUAGAUUAUACCUUAGCGUAUCAUAAAUACCAACCAAUGCCGUGCAACUGGGGAUCUCUGGGACAUCAUGAACUUUGAGGCAGGUUGGUCUUGUGCAUAAAGGCUCCGGGCCUUACAAUAUCUUUGC